AUGUACCUCAUCACUGUAUUUGGAAACUUGCUUAUCAUCCUGGUUAUCAUUUUAUGCUCCCACCUCCACACCCCCACGUACUUCUUUCUCUCCAACCUGUCCUUUGUAGACAUCUGUUUUGCCUCCACCAGGGUCCCAAAGAUGCUGGUGAAUAUUCAGGCAAAGAGCAAAGUCAUCACCUAUGCAGGCUGCAUCACCCAGAUGUACUUUUUCAUACAUUUUGUAGGAUUGGACAGCUUCCUCCUGACUGUGAUGGCCUAUGACCGGUUUGUGGCCAUCUGUCACCCCCUGUACUACACGGUCAUCAUGAACCCUCAACUCUGUGGAGUGCUGGUUCUGGUAUCCUGGAUCAUGAUUGUCUCCUUGUUUUAUCGUAUGAGCCUAGGAGUGUACCUUAGCUUGGCUGCAUCCCACAACUCACACUCAGGUGCAAUAGCCUCAGUGAUGUACACUGUGGUCACCCCCAUGCUGAACCCCUUCAUCUACAGCCUGAGGAAUAAGGACAUAAAGAGGGCUCUGAAGAAUUCUUUGGGAGGGAAACUAGAAAAGGGCCCGUUGUCCUAG